AUGGUCGGGACGGCGUUUCCAGUGACUGUCAAGGGAACCGAUCGCGUUUGGGAGCUACAGAAGACGAUCAAGAACGAGGCCGUGGAGAUCUUUGGAGACUUUAACGCCGCUCAGCUGCGGCUGUAUCUGGCCAAGAAUGACAGUGGCCAGUGGCUCUCUGCAGCCGAGGUGCAGGCUAUUGAGAACGGCGACGCGCGGCCAGCCCGAUCCUUGCUGGCGAGAGGCCAUUUGGCGUCGAUGAGUCAAUUGGUUGGAAUUUUGAAGGGCCGUGACGCAAACUCCGUCCACAUUCUGGUCCCAGCUCCGUCGAAAUCAUCGGAGAUAGAGGUUGAGCCUGAUAUCGCUGGCAAGAGGAAGCGGUCGGAGCAGUCAUUUGGGGAGGUGGAGAAAAUCGGGGUAUCCGCUGAAGAGUGGAAGUUUCUGUUUGAUAUAUUGAGACAGAAAAGACAAGCUGGGCCUGGGGCCCAGCUUGUCUUCUCUGGAUUUGUUGCGACACAAACCCUGCACGAGUUCUGCAAGGGAUUCGGUGGCUUUCCGUCGUCUUACUUCGUACGGCAGGAGGGACUUGUGCUUUGGGGGCUGGUCAUGCGGAUUCUGUCGAAAAGAGAGAAGCGGGUUGUGCUUGUGGGCUCGGCGGGUGUCGGCAAAUCGUGCUUUGUUAUGCUUGUAAGUCUUUAUGUGGCGCUUGUCGAGAAGAAAAAAGUUUUGGUGGUACGACGUCUGCGGGGAUUUUCAGAAGCGAGUGCAGUGGUCUACCUUGAUGGUGCGAAGGGCUCGUGCAUUCGAAUGGCGAAUCUGACGUCUGCAAAAAUUGCUUCGCUUCCUGACAGGAAAGAAUUUCAAGAUGCUUUCGUGUUGAUUGAUGGCUAUUCCAGAAAGGAAGCAGGCCAUCUGUUUGGCUUGCUCCCGUUCCAACUCAUUGCGUCUCCAAUGGAAGACGAUAUUUGUUUUGACGACUCAGCUUGCGCUGUGGUACUACCAGGAUGGCAACACAGUGAUCUACUUCAAUAUGCUGAAUCGAAACCGGACGACUGGAAAAGAUCGACGGGAUUUGGCCACGAACAACAGAAAACCGUGAAAGAACUUGUGGAGGCACAAUACUUCUAUAGUGGUGGAAGUCUCCGUAAUUUUCUCAAGCAUCGCGAAGAUGUGAAAAACGGAAUAGAUAGCAUCUGUGGCAUAGUGGAAAAUGCUCAAUCGGUUGACUUGGAAUCGCUGCAUCAAGCUGGUUUGCAAGUGAGCGAGUCAUAUGACCGAGUUCGGCGGCACUACGUUCUGGACCCCAACGAUGAAGACCACUAUUGGCACGUGUGCCAUUGGCUAACCCAGGUAGACUGCGGAUAUGCAUUCAAACGGAUUGGACGCUUUAUGGACUGGGAAAAUCUCAUUGGGAACUAUGAGUGUGCUCAAAAAGCCCGAUCUGGAUUUUGUGGCGCGGCAUAUGAACAAUGCUUUCAUGGUGCGCUCCACCAGGCAACGAAGUGGUAUCCUGUUCAGAUGGUGAACGUCGUGGUUAACUUUGACCCAACGUGCUCGAACCAAAGGUACGAUCGAAUCGAGCUGGGAGGCCAGUCUGUUCAAUGUGAGGGUACAUGCAGAACGGAGGAUAAGUGCUAUGCACACAUGCCUAAGCUCGCCCCGGGAACAUAUUGGCAUCCUGAGUGCGUUGAGUUCCCUUUUGUCGACGCAGUGGUUAUUUGCGAGGCCACUCUGCGAGGGAGCAGUAUGAAGGAGAAGAUUGUGGCCUGCGUCAGCACCACUGUCGGCGAUCGGAAGAUAUUCCAGCCAGAGCUCUGGCGGAAGUUGAAGGAGGCUAUUGAUGAAAAUGAUAGCAUCCCCACGAGCGUUCCCCGAGUGUUUGUCAUUGUGGGUCCUGACGCCAGUACCUGCAAGCGGUUCACCUUGGUUGAUGCUCCCGCCCCAGACGAACAUAUGGUGUGCUGCUUCGACCCACCUAAGUUUCCGCGGAAGCCAGCACUGCCUUACUGA